AUGAAAUUAAAUUUGGUUGGAAUCACGAAAAAGAGUAUUAGCAAUGGACCGAUUGCUUUUCAGGAGAAUGAUAGAAAAAGUUGGCCUUAAGAAAAAGUUUUAGAAGAAUUUGAUAGAUCUUUACCCAAAGAGGAACCUUACAUUAAUAAACAACCAUUAACAACAAAGUCUCAAGCCAAGCCUAGUUUGUUGUCAAGGGAUAAAAUUUAGAGGAUGAUUCCAUAUUUACCUGAUUUCAUCUAAAAAGAUAUGGAAAUAUUGGUUUAGAACACAUUGCAAAAUUUGGAUAGUUUCAAUGCUAUUCAUAAUUUUAAGUAAAUUUUAGACUAGGAAGAUGCUAUGUUAUACUAGGACACAAAUGAUAAUUUGCAUAUGAAAUUUAUUUAUUAUUCAAAAAUAAAACCACUUAGAAUCUAUCAUGAACAUGUCAUGCCAUCCACUUCGAGGUUAAUUCAACAAAUUAAAUCAUUUUAAGUAUAUCCUACCAAAAAUGGGUGUAGUUUGGUUUAUGCUGAAUUACAAUUAGGUGAAACUUCAUGUAAUAUUCUCUAAAAUCAAGAUCUCCCUAUUCAUAUGAUAAAUAAUGAGAUAAUCAGGAUUGUAUUCACAUAAAAAGGGUUUGAGAAGGAUGGAAUUUAUUGUAUAUUUCGUAAAUAUAGUUAAUCUGAAUAGUAUUAUAUUUAAUUAGACAUAUAUCAUGAUCAAAUUGAUCAUAGCUUGGCUGAGCAAUUAGAUCAAUACAACAAGUAAGAUUACAAGAGUUUAUUAAUAGAAGACAUCUAUUUUGAAUGUAAGGAUAGAGAUGCGGGCGAGAAGAUGAUCAAAGUCUUUUAAUGCAUAUCACAUCGAGUGAUAGAAAUUUAAUCUAAAUUUAAGAAUAAAUCUAAUAUAUAAAUGAAAACAUAAUCACUCAGAAUAAUGAGAGUGUUGAUGCACUUCAAGUUUCAAUUAAACCUUGAGGAUAACAUCUGA